AUGUACAAACCUACAGGCUCAGAGUCCACUGAAACCCAGGAGGACGUGUAUGUGGCGUCCGUGGAGACCGAGCGGGGAGUGAAGGAGCAGCUGAGGCUCUACGACACCAAAGGUCUUCACGACGGUCAGGAGCUGCCCAAGCACUACUACUCAGUGGCAGACGGCUUUGUGCUGGUCUACAGCGUGGACAGCCUGGACUCCUUCAAGAGGGUGGACCUGCUGAAGAAGGAAAUCGACAAGUCUAGAGAUAAGAAGGAGGUGGCGGUGAUCGUCCUGGGCAACAAGACGGACCUGCGGGAGCGUCGGCAGGUAGAGGCGGAGGUGGCGCAGCAGUGGGCGCGCGGAGAGAAGCUGAAGCUGUGGGAGGUCAGCGUGUCCGAGCGAAACUCCCUCAUCGAGCCCUUCAUCCAGCUGACCAGCCGCCUCACCCAGCCCCAGAGCAAGUCCUCCUUCCCCCUGCCCGGACGCAAAAGCAAGGGCACGGCCGCCAGCGACAUGUGA